UUUCUUGUAUACAAAAAUCGAAGGAGAGAAAGGAAGAAGAAAAGUGUGUUGGUUUUCCUUAGCACUCGCAAAUCGCAAUAGCUAGUCAGUCAGUCAGAAUAUGUCUUCUUCCUCCUCUCCCAAAAAGUACGAUGUAUUCAUUAGCUUCAGAGGUGAGGAUACACGAACCAAUUUCACUAGCCAUCUUCAUAAUGCUCUCUGCCGCGAAAACAUCGAAACAUACAUUGAUUAUGAGCUUGAAAAGGGAGAUGAGGUUUGGACUGCACUUGAAAAAGCAAUCAAGGACUCAAGUAUAUCCAUCAUCGUUUUCUCAGAAAACUAUGCUACAUCAAAAUGGUGCUUGGAAGAACUCGUCAAAAUACUCGAGUGCAGAAAAUAUCAUGGACAGGUAGUUAUACCUGUUUUCUAUGAAACAGAUCCAUCACAUGUACGUAAACAGAAGGGAAGUUACGAGAAAGCAUUUGCCAAACAUGAGAGAGAUUUCACGAAUAGUGGAUCUAACCAAGACAAAGUGUCUGAGUGGAAAGCUGCACUCGCUGAAGCCGCCAAUAUAUCUGGAUGGGACUCUGACUCUCGUACCCAUAGGGAUGAUUCUGAAUUCAUCCAAAACAUUGUGAACGAUGUUUGGCAAAAGCUGUCCCUGAUGUAUCCUAAUGAACUGAAAGGCCUUGUUGAAAUUGAUGAGAGCACUAAAUCCAUUGAAUCAUUACUCGAUCAAGUUCCAAGAAUUGGUAUUUGGGGCAUGGGCGGUAUAGGUAAGACAACCAUAGCUAGACACAUGUUUGCCAAACACUUUUCACAAUAUGACAGUGCAUGCUUCCUGGCAAAUGUAAGAGAAGAAUCAGAGAAGUUCGGACUAACAUUUACACGUGAUAAGCUUCUCUCUGAGUUACUAAAGAAACCAAUUACAACAUCUCAUGUCACUGGAUCCACAUUCAUUAAGAGGAGGGUCAGUAGUAAAAAAGUUUUCAUUGUACUUGAUGAUGUUGAUAGUUCUUCUCAACUAGAAGAAUUAUUGUGUGGACAACUAGAUGACCUUGGCCCAGACAGUAGACUCAUUAUUACUACGAGAAAUAGGCAUAUGCUUAGUGGAAGAGUUGAUGUGAUAUAUGACGUCACGCAAUGGAAGUUUCCAGAAUCUUUAAAGCUUUUUAGCUUAGCAGCCUUCAAGGAAAACCAACCUAAAGAAGGUUAUGAGGAUCUUUCAGAAAGAGCAGUUGCAUGUGCAGGAGGCGUUCCUUUAGCUUUAAAAGUAUUGGGUUCACAUUUUCAUUCCAGAGAUACUGAAUUUUGGAAAUGUGAAUUGAAUAAAUUUGAGAGCAAGAGGGAAUCCUUUAAGGAAAUUCAAAACGUGUUACAUGUGAGCUAUAAUGGAUUAUCAGAGCUAAACCAGGCAAUAUUUCUGGACAUUGCAUUCUUUUUCAAAGAUAGAAAUAAAGAUUACGUCAUAAGCAUACUAGAUGCGUGUGGUUUCUUCGCUACCAGUGGAAUACAAGUCCUUGAAGACAAAGCCCUUGUAACUAUUUCACGGGGCAAUAGAAUACAAAUGCAUGACUUGCUACAGGAAAUGGGUUUGGAUAUAGUUCGGAGAGACCCAGGAGGACGUAGCCGACUGAGGGAUAUUGGAGAUGUUCGUGAUGUACUUAACAAUAACAAGGGAACUAAUGCAGUUGAAGGCAUGGCAAUAGAUUUGUCUCAAAGAGUAGAUUUACGCAUAAGUGCCGACACAUUCAGCAUGAUGACCCGUUUAAGAUUUCUUCAAUUAUAUGUCCCCUGGGGUGAGGAGAGUUCUGCUGUCGUGAACCUUCCUCCAGCUCUUUUGCCAUUUUCGGAUAAAUUGAGGUACCUUGAGUGGUAUGGAUAUCCUUUGAAGUCUCUUCCAUCACCUUUUCGUGCUGAGCUGCUUGUUGAGAUUCGCUUGCCGCACAGCAAUAUUGAGUAUCUUUGGGACGGCAUGCAGGUGCGUGAACUUGUGAAUUUAGAGCUAAUGGACCUAACUGAAUGCAAACAGUUGAUGAAGCUCCCGAAUUUGUCUGGCGCGUCCAAACUCGAAUAUCUGGAACUCACCAAUUGUGCAAGUUUAUGCGAUGUUCACCCAUCUGUUUUUUUUAACGACACACUUGUUACUUUGCUACUUGAUGGAUGCAAAAAACUGGAAAGUCUAAUAUGUGAGAAGCAUUUGAGAUCUCUAGAGGAUAUCAGUGUUAGUGGCUGCUCAAGUCUGAAGGAAUUUUCAUUGUCCUCGGACUUAAUUGAAAACUUGGAUUUAAGCGAUACAGCAAUCGAAAGAUUGUACCCAUCAAUCGGUCGUCUAAGAAUGCUUGAGGAGCUCGAUCUAGAAGGUUUAAGACUUGAGAAUCUUCCAAAUGAGUUGUCUUUCCUACAAUUGAUUACGAAGCUUUGGAUUUCAAGCAGCGACAUAGUGACUAAACAGAAGUUACAUGUACUGUUUGAUGGUUUGCGAUCUUUAAAAAAACUAUAUUUGAAAGAAUGUUGUAACUUAUCUGAACUCCCAGACAACAUCAGUGGGUUAGCAUCAUUAGAGGAAUUGAGACUAGAUAGAAGCAGUGUGGAGACGUUGCCUGAAAGCAUCAAGGACCUCUCAAAUCUAAAAAUUCUGUCCUUAGAGAAUUGCAGGAAGCUUCAAUGUCUGCCAGAGCUUCCUCAGAAUAUAAAGUUGUUUAAUGCAGAUAACUGCACAUCAUUGGUGAGAGUAUCCACUUUAAAGACUUCUUCAGAAACAAUGUAUGUAAAGAAGAAAUGCUUUUGUUUCAAGAAUGCUAUGCAAUUGGAUGGACCUUCACUCGACUGCAUUGUUGAAGAUGCUCUAUUAACAAUGAAGAGUGCUUCACGUGGUAAUAUAUCCCUAGACGAAGACAGUUGGAAAAUCAUCUUCUACAAUUAUAACUCUACUGAGGUUUGUUUACCAGGAAGCAGAGUCCCAGAGCAGUUCAAAUACCGAACAACACAUUCCUCCAUAACUGUUGGAAUUGCUGGCGGCUUGGGAUUGAUUUUUUCGGCAGUUGUUUCUGCGUCCUAUGGAAUGGAGAAGGACUAUAAUGGUGCUAAAAUCGAAUGUCAAUGCUACUCGGAAGAUGGCAGAAAGGUGGGAUAUGCAUCAAGGCCUUAUUAUAUAAAAGUUUUCGAUUUGAACUGUGAUCAUAUUUAUGUAUGGUAUGAUGCAAGCCAUUCUCUGCACAUUCUCCGCAACGGUGAAUCAAAGGUUUGUUUUGAAUUCAGUGUUAGAACUGAUAUUGGGGAGCGCCAUGGCUUGUUCCGUGUGAAAGAAUGUGGGGUCCUUCCUGUGUACUUGGAAAGGGUGGACUCGGAAAUGGAAAUUGAGUCAGAAACAAUUGACGGAUUUGAUGAGAGGAAAGGCAAAGGAGUAGAAUCUGUUGAAAAAGAGACACACAAUCAGUUAAGAAAGAGACGCAAAAUCAGUUGAAAUCCAUUGAUUUCGUCUUUCCACCCAUCCCGUCCAACUGGAAUAUAGAAGAACAAAACACAGGGUUUGAAAGAUAUAGUCUCUCUAUUCCCUUGAAUGCAUAAAAGUGAUUCCGGGCUAGGUGCACCUACAGGGUUUGGUGGUUCUAUACAAAACUCUUCAUCAAGCAAAAUAGUAUGCUAAAAGGAUUUCCCUAAUGGUUGAGGAUUUGGUUGGCUUAUUUUAAUUCAGAAGAUAGUUUGUGAUUUCAUUAGGUUGAAGUGUUCAAAACUUCCUGUUUGGAGAAAAUAAGGCAAAAUAAAGGAGAAAAUCAUUUUUUUUGGAAUUAAUUGACUUGUAUGAAUUAUCUUGCAAAAGUUUCAACGAGAAAGAAUGGGAUGCCAUGUUUCAAACAGCUUACUGAUUUACAGCCUUGACUUAAUCCAGAGUAUGUAAUGCAAGAAAUUACAAAAGCUGGCUUUACUGAACCUACACCCAUUUAAUCUCAAGGUUGGCCAAUGGCUUUGAAGGGGCAUGAUCUGAUAGGAAUCGCAGAAACAGGAUCAGGGAAGACACUUGCGUACCUGUUGCCUUCCAUAGUGCAUGUAAAUGCUCAGCCAAUUCUAGAUCCUGGAGAUGGACCAAUUGUGUUAGUUUUGGCUCCAACUCGGGAACUUGCUGUCCUCAUACAACAAGAGGCUACUAAAUUUGGUUCAUCGUCAAAGAUUAAGAGUACCUGCAUCUGUGGUGGGGUUCCAAAGGGACCUCAGGUGCAUGAUCUCCAGAAAGGUGUUGAAAUUGUAAUUGCCACUCUGGGAAGGUUAAUUGAUAUGCUCGAGUCAAAUCAUACUAAUUUGCAGAGGGUCACAUACCUUGUAUUGGAUGAAGCUGAUAGGAUGUUGGACAUGGGGUUUGAUCCUCAGAUACGGAAGAUUUUGUCUCUCAGAUGUGAAGGAUGCGAAAUAUGUGAUAAAUUAUGACUUCCCGGGAUCAGAGGACUAUGUUCAUUGCAUUGGGAGGACUAGAAGUGCUGGUGCAAAAGGAAUUGCGUACACAUUCUUCACAGCUGCUAAUGCCAGAUUUGCAAUGGGAUGCGGUGCACAACGUCCGCCUUCAGGUCACCGAGGUUUCCAAGACCGUGGGAGGGGUUAUAUGGCAGUGCUCGUCCAUGGAGCUGAUUGAUUGAUGAACGUUAGGAAACUCCAAGAAUCCUGUCCUUUAUGUUGCUGCUGACAUAUUAUGUUGUCCUACUUGUAAAUUAGUGUUAACUUGUAAGAGUAGUGGUAGGAAUUCAGUGUUCUUGUUAAUUUAUUUCGUUCAAGUGUCCAUAUAACAUGUACCAUCAAACAAUUGUGUAUACAUCAUAGUUCAUACAACAACAAUUCAUUUUGCA